AUGAACGCGGAGCAGGACUGGGGGGCCCUCCUCGACCGCGAUGGGCGGCCCGGGGACGACGCCGACGCGGCCUACGACCGGGAGUACGCCGACGGCGACGGCGGCUCCAAGUCCGUCGUGUUCAAGUCCGGCCAGGGCUCGACGACUGGCCUCUCCGAGUUCUGCUCCAUGACGUCCCUGCGCCUCAGCGAGAUCGGCGACGGCGCCGGGGGCGACCCGGACCACGUGCCGGCCUACGGCGAGGGCCACGAGAUCAACGACGUGAACACGGGGAAGGCGCUCUACGUCGUCGAGAAGCUUUUAGGGAGCGGCGCGUUCUCCGACGUCUACCUGACGGUCCGCAACGGGCGCCACUUCGCCAUGAAGUGCCUGAAGCUCGACCCCAACGACUUCUCGCGCUACGACCGGGCCGAGUUCGGCCUCUGCCGCGAGGCGUCGCUGCUGCUGGGGCUGCCCGCGCACGGCAACAUCGUCUGCCUCCGCUACGUCUACGCGGACCGCGAGGCGAGCGGGUCGAGCGUCGGGCGCUUCCUCGUCUUCACGGACGCCGUGUCCGGCAGCCGCGAGCUCUCCACGGCCGUCGACGACGGGAGCUUGUUGGACGGGGAGCCCGCGGAGCGGCGGGUGCUCCAGGUCGGCCACCAGCUCGCGGUGGCCGUGCACCACGUCAACGCACACGGCAUCCUCCACCAGGACGUCAAGCCCGACAACUGCCUCAUCUUCUUCGACGGGGACGACGGCGUGACGGUGAAGCUGCUGGACUUUGGCAUGGCGACGCGCGGAAACGGCGCGGGCGCGGAGCUACGGUGCCGGCUCAGCGGCUUCUCCCCCGGCUACGAGUCCCCCGACAUCGUGCGGCUCCUGGGCUCCCUGAAGCGGGAGCGGAGCGAGGCGACGUUCAAGGAGAAGCUCGCGGCGAGCUCGCUGUCCGUGGCCCAGCACGACCUCUGGUCCUACGCGAUCACGCUGCUCAAGCUCUGGGAGGCUUUCGCGGGCGUCUCGCCGGCGACGACGCGGUCCAACGCGUCGGGGUCCCGCGCGCGGGCGCGCCUCGACGCCCUGCCCGAGGCCGCGGUGCCGGCCGAGGUCCGAAAGCUCCUGCGGACCUGCCUCGACGCGGACGCCGACCUCCGCCCGCCGUCAUUGGAAACCCCGCGCGACGUCUGCGAGGCGUUGUUACCGGCGCGGCUCCGGCGGCCGCGGGCCGAGGAGCCGGGCGGCGGCGACGAUCUAAGGGCCGCGGCGCACAACAAUCUGGCCGUGCACAUGACCGCGCUCGCCACCAAAGGCAUCGCGCACGACGUCAUGCUCCACGAGGCGGACAAGCUCUACGCGCAGGCCAUCGCGCUGGAGCCCGCCGUGUCCCUCUUCCACGCGAACCGCGCCUUCCUGUCGUGCCAGCUGAACCGCCCGGAGGCGGCGAUCGCGUCGUGCGAGGAGGCGCUGCGCCUCGAGGGCGAGACGCCCGUCUACAUGACGAACCUCGGCACGGCGCUGCUGCUGCGCACGGAGGCCUUCAACCCGCCGAGCCGCGUCUACGAGCGCGUGCUCCAGCGGCGCGCCGAGGCCGCGGAGGCCGCGCGGCUCGAGGCCAAGGUCCGCCGCUUCAACUUCGGCGCGAAGGCGCACCCGAAGUCGUCGGACAACCAGUUAAAGGAGGAGCGGACGCCGAAGAAGUCCAUCAUCGGCGGCGAGGCGCUCCUGGACGCCGCCCUCGAGGACGACUACGCGAAGGAGCACCGCGACUACCUCACGCGGCGCCGCGAGAACCAGGUGCUGGCCUUCGCGGCGUUCCACCGCGCGGUGCAGCUCAACCCGGACCACCACGCGGCCUUCAAGGGCGUCGCCAUGGCCGUGCCGGGCGCCGUGCACAUCGGCUUCCGCGACUUCCGCGCGUCCGACGCCGUGCCCUACGUCAUGCUCGGCGACGUUUUACUCAAGUACGGCGCGAAGCGCCGCGCGGCGAGCGCCGAGGUCCUCGUCACCCAGGCCCAGAACGUCGACUUCCACAUCCCCUUCGACCACGCCGCCUGCCUCGACUUCGCCAAGGCCUGCUACGAGCGCGCCGCGCGCGUGAUCUUGGAGGACCCGGAGCGGUCCGUCGGGUCGCGCGCGGCGUUCCUCGGCGUCUCCGUGAACAAGGAGCUCGGCGACCAGCGCCAGCAGACGCUCACGCACAUCGCCCGCCGCGUCUCGAAGGUCUACCGCCUCCGCGCGGCCCACGCGCUCGCGAAGGGCGACCUGCUCCGCGCGCUCAAGCACACGGCGACGGCCGCGGCCAAGUACGGCGCGCCGCGCACGUCCGCGUCCAAGCCCGCCAAGGUCGCGCCCCUGGAGAAGGAUAAGUUACAACACACCAUGGCCAAGCACAGCGACACCGAGGAGGAGGAGAGCGAGGAGGAGUUCGAGGAGGAGUCGGAGCAGGAGGAGUCUGAGGAUGAGGACGAGGACGAGGACGACGAAGAGAGUGAUGGCGAGGCCGAGGAGGAGCCGGACGACGUGCUCGCCGACGAGGAGCCGGCGUCGAAGAAGGCCAAGAAGUCGCCCGCCGCGAAGAAGUCGCCCGCCGCGAAGAAGUCGCCCGCCGCGAAGCCCGCGGCCGCGGCCAAGAAGUCGCCCGCCGCGAAGAAGGCCGCCGCGAAGCGCAAGUCGGCCUCGGACUCGGACGACUCCGACUCCGACGACGAGCCCAUCGCCAAGGGCGCGGCCAAGAAGAAGCUCGCGAGCGGCUCCGGCGCCAACGCCGCGGCCGGCGCGCCCGAGGACGCCGCGCCCGAGAAGAAGGUGGCCGUCGCGCCCGAGCCCGCCGCCGAGCCCGCGGCGCCCGCCGCCGCCGCGGCGCCGCCGAAGAAGAAGGCGGGCCCGCGCGUCGGCGACGCGCGGAGCGAGAUCCAGCACUUCGUGCUCUCCGGGAACCGGCCCUACUGCGCGCAGGACGUCGUGUCCGCGCUCGCGCCGCGCUACGACAAGGGCGUCGUGAUCUCGAUGCUCGACGGCCUCGAGCUCGAGGGCGUGCUCCUCUCCAAGGCCGUCAUCGGGUCCCAGAAGUGCUGGUGGCCCGACCAGGCCAAGGUCAAGUCCGCGACGGCCCAGGAGAUGCGCGACUACCAGGCCGACGCGCGCGACGCCGCGCGCGAGGCCAAGGAGCUCGGCGGCCAGGCCGCGGCGUACGAGCGGCGCGCGGCGGAGACGCUGGCCCGGCCGUCCAACGGCGACGUCGACGCCUUGAUCGCCGCGGAGCGGUCCAAGGUCGAGGCGCUCGAGGGCCGGCUCCGCAAGCGCGGCGCGGCCAAGCCCGCGACGCUGCCGCAGAUGAAGAAGGCCUGCAAGGCGCACAACGACGCGCGGUCGCUCUGGCUCAAGCGGAAGCGCGCCUUCAAGGACGUCGCCGACGUCAUGGCCGACAACAUGGACACGAAGCCCAAGAACUUCGUCAAGGCCGUCGCCGACGACCAGUGCGUCGAGACGGACGAGGACGCCGGCGUGACGCUCCCCGCGCCCGACGCGCUCCCCAUCCCCUCCGCCUGAGAUGCCCACCCGAGGCCCAACCCCCCCAAGACCGAAGCUAAGACCCCCGCCGUCCGG